CUCAUUAUCGCUUGCAUUUUUCUGAUAGUAGGCCUCUACACGUAACUUCGUUAACGUACUAGAAACCAUGUCGCCGGAAAUUGGGAAGGGUUUGCCGGAAUCCGGCGACUUGGAGGUGACCGAGCUGACCCUCGGCUUGCCCGGAAGCUCCCCGAUCUCAUCGGACGGUGGACAAAAGUCUGGCACAAAACGUAGGUUUCUCGAGACCGUUGAUUUGAGUCUCGGAAACUCCGUUAUGAACAACGAUAUCUCAAGCGUCACUACUACAUCUCCACCUCCAAAGGCACAAGUGGUGGGGUGGCCGCCGGUGAGGAGGACGAGGAAACUAGCGACGGAGAUGGUCCGGAAGUACGUUAAGGUGGCAGCAGAUUGCGCAGCCUAUCUUAGAAAAGUCGAUCUCGGGACAUACGAUUGCUACGAACAACUUUUGAAUGCUCUAGCGAGCAUGUUUCCGGGCUUAACGAUCAGUAAGGUGGUGGAGGCGGAGAAGAGCGGAGUGCAUCGCGAGUAUGUGCCUACUUACCAAGACAAGGACGGAGACUGGAUGUUGGUCGGAGAUGUACCUUGGAAGAUGUUUGUUGAAUCAUGCAAACGUCUAAGGUUGAUGAAAAGCGUCGAUGCUCUUGGGUUAGCCAUUGAUUGAUGCAGUUCCAAGGACGUUUCCGAUCAUUGUUUCGGCCUAGUCAACAACAAGUACGAGUGUCCGAGUAGAUAGGGAGUCCAAAGCGACCGACACGACCGAGUUAUCUAAUAUUAUUCACGGGAACGUUAUAAAAUAGAUGAAUUAAAAAAAAAUAAACGUGUAUUUGCAUGUCCUAAUCUUAAUGUAUUAUACAUGUGAUAUUUGCAGUUGUGUGACCGUAAAUAAUUUAGAUCUCUAGCUAUUCCACUGAUCGUGCUUGUAUUGGAGAACUAUUUUAAUAAAUAUGUAGCUUGUUCAUUUUAAUCAUUUUACCCGUUCUUCGUCA